AACUGUUUUGGGUCUUCAUGCUUUCUAUUAUAGUUUCAGCAAAUCGCUCCGUUUUCGUUUCUAGGGUUUUGGUUCUGUCAUUUCUGUGAAUUCUCCGACCACGAAGAACUGCAGACGCCGAGAAGGAUCAGGAUAUUUGAGAAUUUGAUACGAUGGCGUUGGGGAUGAUGAAACCCGUUAAGCCUGGUUUAGAAGACCCGCAGGAGCAAUUGCAUCGGAUUAGGAUUACUCUUUCAUCCAAGAACAUAAAAAAUCUUGAGAAAGUCUGUGCUGAUCUUGUGAAUGGUGCGAAGAACAAAAGACUGAAAGUCAAGGGUCCAGUAAGGAUGCCAACAAAAGUUUUGCACAUCACCACAAGAAAAUCUCCUUGUGGGGAAGGCACAAACACUUGGGAUCGUUUUGAGCUCCGUGUCCAUAAGAGGGUUAUUGAUCUUGUGAGCUCGUCUGAGGUUGUGAAGCAGAUCACGUCGAUUACAAUUGAACCUGGUGUUGAGGUUGAGGUCACCAUUGCAGAUCCCUGAGCAAUACUCCAACUAGAUACUUUACAAUUUUGUCGGCUGAAGAAGGCAAGUAAUUUUAGAGUUAGCCUAGACUUGUCUCUUAGUCGAAUUAUUAUUUUCAGUAACCAUGUAAGAGCUUUCUUUUAUAUUAGGUUCCUUCCUUGUCUGUAUGUUUUAAGUUUUCUUAUAAAUGUGACAUUUAUUGUGAUGUGGGAAAAGUGAAUGAACGUGAUCAUGGUCGGCUGUGGUAAUAGGUUGGCAUUCAAUUUCA